AUGCAAUCAAGAAGGAAACCAAGUAUCAAUAGUAAAAAGUUUUCAAUCUUGGGUGUAUUGGCCAAAUCAUUACUAUUGCUGGUCAUCAUUUUGAUUUACAAUACUGUAACAUUUACUAGCAAACAACCAAAUGUAGAGACACUUGAAAAAGGUCAUCAGGAUAGUUAUAAUUCAUUAUCUGAAGAUCAAUUGGCAAAAAGAUUAGGCCAGUCAAUACAAUUUAAAACAAUAUCACAUGCAGAAGAAUAUCAAAAUGAUUAUGAAGAGUUUAUAAAGUUACAUGCUUUUUUGAAAAAGACGUUCCCUUUGGUACACAGUUAUUUGGAUUGUCAGGUGAUUGGUGAUUAUUCUCUAUUGUAUCAUUGGAAGGGUCAAGACCCGACAUUAAAGCCAAUCAUGUUUGCCGCACACAUGGACGUGGUACCUAUUGUCAACGAGGACAAAUGGAGCUACCCACCAUUCAGCGGAAAGGUGGCGGAUGGCUAUGUAUGGGGACGUGGCUCAAUGGACGACAAAUUGGUGGUCAUGGCACUCCUCGAAGCGAUCGAGGAUCAAUUGGCAAGUGGUCAUCACGCAACUCUACAGCGAUCAAUCUACUUGGCAUUUGGUCAUGACGAAGAGGUUGGUGGUUACAGAGGUGCUUCUAAAAUGGCUGCAUACCUCGAAGAAAAGGGUGUCACAUUUGAAUAUAUCCUAGAUGAGGGUCUUCCCAUCCUUUUACCACCCGUCUUUCCCGGUAUCACCCGUCCUAUUGCCACCCUUGGUAUGGCUGAAAAGGGUGGUCUUAACCUACACCUCUCUGUCGCUUCUAUGGGAGGUCAUUCAUCCAUGCCUCCCAAACACACUGCCAUCGGUAUCCUCUCGGCUGCCAUUACCAAAAUCGAAGAAAAUCCAAUGCCUCUAUCACUCCAACAAGCUCGUCUUGUUUUUGAUUAUGUCGGUCGUGAAGCAACCCUCCCAAUGAAAUUGGUAUUUGCCAAUAUGUGGUUAUUCGAACCAAUCGUUUCAAAAGUAUUAUCAAAAACUCCUGCUUUGGAUGCUCUUCAAAGAACAACAACAGCAGUAACAGUAUUUAAUGGUGGUAAUAAACCAAAUGUUUUACCAGCAUUUGCAAAUGCAACUAUUAAUUUUAGAAUUGCACCAUCAGAUUCGAUUCAAAGAGUGAUUGAUCAUAUUAGAACUACCAUUGACGAUGAUAGAAUUACAUUGUCAGUUUCUGAUUCUAUUGAACCUGCACCUGUAACAUCUCCACAUACUCCAUCCUUUAAAUUAAUUCAAUCAACCAUUAUCCAAGAAUUUUCACCAGAUGUAAUUGUUGCACCUGCCAUUAUGAUCGCCAAUACUGAUACUAGAUGGUAUUGGAAUUUAACACCAAAUAUUUAUAGAUUUUGUCCACAAUUAGUUUCAAAAACUGAUCAUGCAAGAUUCCAUGGAGUAGAUGAAAGAAUUUCAACUUCAAAUUAUAAACAAUUGGUUGAUUUCUAUUAUCAUUUAAUUAAAAAUGGUGAUAAGAAAUUAAAUUAA